AAGAACUAUUUUUUCAGCAUGUUCCCUAUUGUAACCUGGAUUCACCGUUACAACUUCCAGUGGCUUGUUCGUGAUCUGAUUGCUGGUGCCACUGUUGGUGUUGUUAUUGUACCUCAGAGUAUGGGUUAUGCAAAAUUAGCCAUGCUUUCCCCUCAAUAUGGUCUUUAUACUGCGUUUGUCGGUCUCUGUGUAUACUGCUUGUUUGCUACAUCUAAAGAUAUUAGUAUUGGUCCAACUGCUGUAAUGUCUCUACUCGUAGGACAGACUGUUACUCGCGUGACCACCGAAUAUCCUAGCAUCACUGGGCCUCAAGUUGCUGUAGUUCUCUCUCUUAUGACUGGUAUUAUUGCUAUGUUUAUUGGUCUUGUACGCCUUGGUAUUCUUGUAGAUUUCAUUCCAGCCCCUGCUAUUGCUGGUUUCAUGACAGGUUCAGCUAUCACAAUUACUAUUGGACAGUGUCCAAAACUUUUUGGUAUCAAGGGUAUCAACACACAGGACUCUGCCUAUCUUAUUUUCGGAAACUUCUUCAAAAACCUUCCAAAUACACAAGUAGAUGUUGCAUUUGGUUUGACUGGUCUGCUUUGGUUGUACGGUAUCCGUUUCGCUUGCCAGAAACUCACCACCCGUUAUCCCAAAUACGAAAAGCAUCUCUUUUACUUCAGUAUUAUGCGCAACGGUAUCCUCGUCAUCUUCGGUACCCUCAUUGCCUUUUUGAUCAACAUCGGCAAGACCACAAGUCCUAUCAGUAUUCUCAAGACUGUUCCAGCCGGUUUCCAAGCCAUGCAUGUUCCUGUCUUGACAACCGAACUCAUCAGUGCUAUCGCUAGCUCUCUUCCAUCUGCUGUCAUCAUUCUUAUUCUUGAGCAUGUAGCAAUUGCAAAAUCAUUCGGACGUAUCAACGACUACCAGAUCAACCCAGAUCAGGAAAUUAUUGCUAUUGGAUUCACAAACAUCUGGGCCGCUUUCUUUGGCGCCUAUCCUUCUACUGGUUCUUUCUCUCGUACUGCUAUCAAAGCUCGAUCUGGUGUCAAGACUCCAAUUGCUGGUAUCUUCUCUGCUCUCGUAGUACUCCUGGCCUUGUAUGCUCUCACUCCAGCUUUCUACUUCAUUCCUGAUGCCACUCUCUCAGCUGUUGUCAUCCACGCCGUCGCUGAUCUCGUGUCCGGUCCUGCUUACAUCAAACGUCUUGCAAAAGUCAGCUUGUGGGAAUUGUUUGUAUUUGUCGCAGCUGUCCUGAUUACGUUCUUUACCUCUGUCGAGUAUGGUAUCUACGUUUCACUUGGUCUCUCGAUCGUCAUUCUCCUUUUCCGUAUCGCACGCCCCCGGUUCUGGGGUCUCGGUCGUGUUCCUUUGUCAACAAGCACCGGAUCAAAUACCAGCCAGAAGGUUCAGGAAUCAGAAGAAAUCCAAAAGUACCUUUAUGUUCCCACCAACCACCCAUCCCUUGGUCCCCUUGUUGAAGACUUACCUGCCGGUAUUCUAAUGUGCCGCAUCGAAGAAUCCGUGACAUAUCCCAAUUCUAGUUUCAUUUCCGACAAAAUCAUCACAUAUGCCAAACAGAAUACCCGUCGCCAUGGUGCUGUUAUUUCUAAAGGUGACCGUGCAUGGAACGAUGAUGCUGACCCUGUUAAAGAAGCUGCCCGCAGUCAAUUGCCUAUUCUACACGCCUUGAUCAUCGACUUUUCUAGUGUCAAUCGUCUUGAUUCUAGUGGUCUUCAAUCCAUCGCUGAUGCCAAAAACACCUUGAACCGUUACAGUGGUCACGAUGUCGAGUUCCAUUUCACAAACCUUGUUCAACCUUCUAUCCGCCGGUCCCUCAUCGUUGCUGGCUUUGGA